AUCGACAUCGGCAAAGAAUGUUGCCUACACCAGAAACUGAUACUGAUGCUGAAUCAUCUUAUCCUCCUCAAGAACAGUCACGGAAGCAAAAGAAGGACAAGAAAGGAAAACCACUUUGUCGAACUUGCUAUCCUAUGAGUGAAUAUGAAGGAUUCGAUGCCGUUCAAUUCAUCAAGCUGGUACCACAUGCAACGAGACCAAUUCGAGCAACUGAUGGAGCCGUUGGUUAUGAUCUGACAUCAAUAGCCAUGUAUGUUAUUCCAGCCUAUGGAAGAACAUUAAUUUCUACUGGUCUAGCCAUGGAAAUACCCUGUGGGAUGUAUGGAAGAAUUGCCCCAAGAUCAGGGCUUGCCUUACUACAUGGCAUCGAUGUUGGCGUAGGGGUAAUUGACCCUGAUUACAGAGGAGAAAUUAAGGUCCUUCUCUUUAAUCAUAAUCAGGAGGAAUUUGAAGUUCGCGCCGGUGACAGAAUUGCUCAGAUCAUCUUUGAGAAAGUUUCUUUACCAAGAAUGGUGGAAAAAGAUGCUCGCAAUCUCUGUGAUAUUCGGAAUGAUGAAAGACAUGAUGCUCGUAACUGGAGGAGCACUGAAGGAUUUGGCAGCACAGGGAAAGCUGCUUUACAAUACAAAAAUGAUGAUUCAGAUGAUUCUUUGGAAUACCAUGAUCCUUUGGGAUAUCAACAUGAUGAAGAAAAAUCUGACUCUACUCUUAACAUAAUCGCCAUGAUGGAGGAAGCAGACAGAGAAGCGGAAACUGAAUAUCCACAGAUCGCAAAGAUAAAGGUUGUCUUCUUCUUCGGCGAGACUGGCCUGGAUUUCUUCCCACUAGCGUAUGCACAAAUCUGCUCCGUUGAUCGUGGGUCUUUAGCAGCUAGUUUCCACUUGCAAAUUCCUCCCCACCCUUCCAUGCAUCCAUCUGUUUCAAGAAUAAUGGAGCGAUACGGAAACGUAUGUCACGAUUCAAGUCACCAAUGAUACGUAUCGAGUAUGGUACGAUUUUGACAGCACUAGG